CUUCAAAUCUUCAUUCCCCCCCCACCCCCAUUUGCUAAUUGGGAGAGCCAGGAAGGGUGGGGUAGGACAAAGAAGAUGGAAAGCAGCGAGUUCCCCACCGGCAUCCUCUGCUCUUUCCGUGCGGGGCUCGGAUGCGGGGGCUGUCCGCAGCCCCGGGAAUGGGGGAUAGCUCCUGCUCCUCCCGGGAUGGGGUACAGCCUCAGCGGGGGAUGCUCGGCGGGGUCGGCACAUCCGGGAAUAGUGGGGUUGUUCCGCUCCUCCCGGGGAUCUUGCGGCGGGGAAUAAAACGGGUGCCGGCAUCCCCGAAGGGGUCAUUUCGCAGAGCCCCGCCGCUGCCCCGCCCAGCACUGCAGCUCCACUAAGCCGGGGCCCCCAGGAAGCGUUUCGGUGGGAGCGGGGGGCCGGGCGGGCAGUGCCUGGCGUGUCCCGAUGGAUUCCGGUGCGCGUACCCCGAGAUAUCCCCACAUAUCCCGAGACAUCCCGACGUCUCCCCGCUCCGCUUCCCCGCUCCCGCGCCCCGGCUCCGGGACCGCGCAGCCCCUCCCACCGCUCAUUUACAUUCCUGCGCGUCCCCCGCUCUCCCAUUGGGCAGAGACCGCCGUUGAUUUGCAUCCCAGCGGGCGCUCAGCCAAUGGCGCGGCGUGCCGGGCGGACGGGCUCUGGAGCGGCGGGGCCGCAUGCGCAGUUCCCGCCCCGCCGCUGCUCGGGGCUGGGCCGGGCUUGGCUGGGGCUGGGCCGGGCUGGGCUGGGCCGGGCUCCGGGCGCAGGGAAGAAAGGGAGGCGCGCAGGGUUGGCUGCCUCUCCCGUUCCUGCCAUUGCGGAGAGCACCGAUCACCUCUCGCGCCGCGUCCCCCCCCCGCUCCCCUUCCCUGGGAUCGCAGUGAUUUGGUCUCGGGGGAUUUAUUUUUGUUCUGUUUUUUUUUUUUUUUUGGUGUGGUUUUUUGUUUGUUUGUUUGGUUUUUUUUUUGUUUUUUUCUUUUUUUUUCCCCUUGAUCUACACACUGGUGGAGGGGAGGUUGCGGAGCAGUUGCUGCGCGGGAGACAAUAGCGGUGUAGCAGCCGCCGCGCUUCUCUUUAACAAACAUAUAACAUUACUGAAUAAAUACAUCGGGGGCUGAUUUCCCAAGAUGUCUUAUCAGGGGAAGAAAAAUAUUCCGCGGAUCACGAGCGAUCGUCUUUUGAUCAAAGGUGGCAAAAUAGUUAAUGACGACCAGUCCUUCUAUGCAGACAUUUACAUGGAGGAUGGGUUGAUAAAGCAAAUAGGGGAGAACCUGAUCGUGCCAGGAGGAGUGAAAACUAUUGAGGCCCACGGCAGGAUGGUGAUUCCUGGAGGGAUCGACGUCCACACCCGGUUCCAGAUGCCAGAGCAGGGGAUGACAUCUGCUGAUGAUUUCUUCCAAGGGACCAAGGCUGCAUUGGCUGGGGGCACCACCAUGAUCAUUGACCACGUGGUUCCUGAGCCUGGGACCAGUUUGCUGACGGCGUUCGACCAGUGGCGAGAGUGGGCAGACAGCAAAUCCUGCUGUGACUACUCCCUGCACGUGGAUAUCACUGAGUGGCAUAAAGGUGUCCAGGAGGAGAUGGAAGCUCUGGUUAAAGAUCAUGGUGUGAAUUCCUUCUUGGUGUACAUGGCUUUCAAAGAUCGCUUUCAGCUCAGUGAUUCUCAGAUUUACGAGGUCCUAAGUGUGAUCCGGGACAUUGGUGCCACGGCCCAAGUGCAUGCUGAGAACGGUGACAUCAUUGCUGAGGAGCAGCAAAGGAUCCUGGAGCUGGGGAUCACAGGCCCUGAAGGGCAUGUGUUGAGCAGACCUGAAGAGGUGGAGGCAGAGGCUGUGAACCGGGCAAUAACCAUUGCCAACCAGACCAACUGCCCCCUGUACAUCACCAAGGUGAUGAGCAAAAGUGCUGCUGAUGUCAUUGCUCAAGCCAGGAAAAAGGGCACCGUGGUGUAUGGAGAGCCCAUCACAGCCAGCCUGGGCACCGAUGGAUCCCAUUACUGGAGCAAGAACUGGGCAAAGGCAGCAGCUUUUGUUACAUCCCCACCACUGAGUCCUGACCCGACCACUCCUGAUUUUCUCAACUCACUACUGUCCUGUGGUGACCUCCAAGUGACCGGCAGUGCCCACUGCACCUUCAACACUGCUCAGAAAGCUGUUGGGAAGGACAACUUCACCCUGAUCCCUGAAGGAACCAAUGGCACUGAGGAGAGGAUGUCCAUCAUCUGGGAUAAGGCUGUGGUGACUGGCAAGAUGGACGAGAACCAGUUUGUGGCUGUGACCAGCACAAACGCGGCCAAAAUCUUCAACCUGUAUCCGCGGAAGGGCCGCAUCGCCGUGGGUUCUGAUGCUGACCUGGUGAUCUGGGAUCCUGACAGCGUCAAGACAAUCUCUGCCAAGACUCACAACAUAUCUCUGGAGUACAAUAUCUUCGAGGGCAUGGAGUGCCGUGGAUCUCCCCUGGUGGUGAUCAGCCAGGGCAAGAUUGUGCUGGAGGAUGGCAAUCUCCACGUCACUGAGGGCUCUGGGAGGUACAUCCCCAGGAAACCCUUCCCUGACUUCGUUUACAAGCGCAUCAAAGCCAGGAGCAGGCUGGCUGAGCUGCGGGGGGUGCCCCGAGGCCUCUACGAUGGCCCAGUCUGCGAGGUGUCGGUGACACCCAAAACGGUCACACCAGCGUCCUCAGCCAAGACCUCUCCUGCCAAACAGCAGGCACCGCCCGUGAGGAACCUGCACCAGUCUGGGUUCAGCUUGUCUGGGGCACAGAUCGAUGACAACAUCCCACGCCGCACGACCCAGCGCAUUGUGGCCCCGCCGGGUGGCCGUGCCAACAUCACCAGCUUGGGCUAAGGACCGAACCCUCCUGUGCCCACCGGGUACACCCUGGGGGGACUGGGGCACCUGGAGACCCUUUUUGAUUCUUUUAGAGCCUGUGACAGUUACUGCGGGCACCCAGAGUGGGGAGGGGCUGAAGUAAAAGCACCUCUUUCAGUCCCCUCAGGUUCCUUCCUCAUCUUCACCAACCCCUCGCACUUCCCCCCCCCACCCCAGCCCUUUACACAUUUAAAGAAAUAAACCGUGUUUUGACACCUCUGACAUGAAAGAGUAAAUGUAAAGAGGGUAUUUGAGAUACGUGGUCUCUGUCCUAUUCAGCAUCUUUCUUUUAGUAAAGGAAGGAUAAAGUGAAUUUCCCAGGAGCUGCCUUCAAGACACACACACACACAAAAAAAAAGAAAGAAAAAAAAAUAAAUGCAUAAAAAAAUCUUUUUUUUUUUUAAUGUCAAGCAGAAGAGUAUUUCAAGGGUUUUAAACUGGAUAUUCUGUAGGGUUCUGUGUUCCAACAGAAUUAGCUAGGCAAGCACGAAGGGACAGGAAUCCCAGCCUGUCUAUGGCCAUUCUCCACCACCAGCGCUGAGAUCACUAGAUGCUGCCAGGAGAGAGAAACAGGACCCAGCACUAGCAAUGGCAGAGAACAUCACCCCAGCCAGUGGGUGAGCCAGAAUCCUUGGGGACUUCCGUUCUGUUCAGUUGGUUUUUCCUUGGUUUCAUUUUUCUUCUGGAUUUUGCUGCAAAUUAGGUCCUUGAGGAAACUUUUUUUUUUUAAUGUUUGUGCGUGUGUUUUCAAUAUGUUUGAAUCAUUGUGUUUACGAAGCCUUAUCUGAGAACUGGGAAUCUCCCUGUUCUUCCCAAACCUCAUCCAAAUCACAGACUCCCGCCAGUGUUACUGCCACUGCCACCCUGGUACUUCAGGUGUCCCUUAGUUGCAUUUUCCAGCCAUUUCUUGUCACAUAGCUGCAGUAAGGGCAUGGAGCAGGUCCAUAGGAUCUUCAGUCCAUCAGGUCUUGAGCUGGUGCAAACAGAGGAGCUGGACACCAUCUGAAUUGCUAGGAUGGAGUAUCUGGAAGAGUUUGUAGCAGUUUUUCUUCUGUCCCUGAAGGUGGAUACAGACAGGCAGAGAGCUGUGGGCAAAGAGCAACACGUUGCCUGAAAGGUUUUUGUAGCAGAAACUCCCUCCCUGGCCAUCAAGGAAAGGUUAUUUAAAGCUUUGAGGGCUUAUCUUUAGCUCUCAAAGGGCAGUCAGGGAGUGUGUGCUGAGCACCUGUGGCAAUUCCAUUCCAGGCCCAGCUGCUGUAACUGGGAGCUGGCUGGGUCCCCAGCAGCUGAGAAUCUCUUGUACGAAUGUCACAGCUACCCAGCCCUGCAGAAGUCCUGCACAUCCCCUUGGGAAGGCCUGGCUGUUCCCCACCCUGCCUCACAUGCCUAGGAUUUGAGACACCAUCAGUGGUCCUUAAAGGAAUGCCUCAGCUUUGGGGCAGCCAGCAGGGUCUGGGUGUUUAACCACCCUCUGGGAUUAAAGGUCUGGUAGCUCUGGGACAGGGAGGCUUAUUGGUUUUGGGACAUUGGAGGAUAAACCAGUGCCAUGAGAUCCCCACUUAGGCAUAGCUGGAGGGCUCAGCAGUCCCAAGGACUUGUUUUAGCACAGAGAGCUUUUAUUACCACAGCGUUGCCUCCACUGUUUGCCUGCCCUGGGACUUGGCUGCAUCUUGUGCUCCCUCUUCUCUUUGUGCUUUGCCACCUCCAUCAACCUUGUUUGUCCGUAGCUGUAUUUUCUUAAAUGGUGUUUACAGGUUCUUUUAGGAAGAAAACCUAUAUAUAUAUAUGAAGGCUUUCAAGAUAUGAGUACCAAAUUUGUUGUUAUGAGGUAUCAAUGCUGGGACUUGCAAAGUUUCUGGAAGCUACUUAGCUACCUAAACCCUCCCAGCUGCAGCACCUAAACUCUUUAGGCCCCUUUGAACACGAAAGUUAAGAAAAACUUUGCCAUAUUUCUCCAUGCAUUUUGCAUUUAGAUUCAACUCCUGGGUCUUCUAGUUUUGCAUAAAGAGUUUGCACUUUUUUUUGUUAAGUAAUCCAUGAACUUAAUAUAUAUAUUGCAGCUAUUUUCAUUUUUAAAUAUUUUUCUUUGUCACCUGUAUGUUAAAAUCAAUUUGAACGAGUUGGGGAGAAAAAAAAAAGAAUUGUAGAUCCGUUUCAAUUCUACGAAACACUUGCGGCUCUUCAGUAUUCACUUAAGUCUUCCUUUUUUUUUCCUUCACUGACUCAUAAUAACUUGUUAAAAUUUAAUUUGUUCUUGAAAAGGAAAGAAAAAAAUCACAAAAAAAAGUUUUUUGCAGGCUAUGUAAGCAUGUUUUUUCUGUGAGAGCUCGUCCGCUUUGUGUCUGUUUAAUGAAUGUCAUAUGUAAAUGCUAAAAAAAAAAAGACAAUGACUUAAUGAAUUAAUUAAUUAACCGCAGUGACUUGAAGCUCUAAAAAUAAUAAAAGAAAAAAGUAGGAUUUAAUACUAGCUGGAUUUAACCCUUGGAUUUGUGAUUGUGAACCAUGAGUGGAGGAGCUGUAAGUGCUAAAGCUGAUCAUGUGUGUAGACAAAGAGGAGUACUGAUAUUUGACCAUUGUUUCAAUGGCAAAAACACCCCCCCAUCCCAACCCCAAGUCUUGUGUUUUAUUCCUUAAGAACUCUGUGUUAUAUUACCAUGGGAACUCCUAAUAAAGACAAAAUGUUGUUGUUUCA